AUGUGGAGGCGAACAUAUCUGCUGCUAGUGCUGGUCCGGCUGUGGUUUGCCCUGUCGCCGAGCUACCUGCACCCGGACGAGAACUUCCAGGGCCCCGAGGUCAUCGCGGGCGAGAUCUUCAGCUACCCGGUGCGGCGGACGUGGGAGUUCACCAGCGAGCACCCCAUCCGCAGCGUGUUCCCGCUGUGGCCUGUCUACGGGCUGCCGAUGCUGCUGCUGCGCUGGCUCUGGAUCGGCAACGGGAACGACGGCGAGAUCCCCCCCAUCGCCGUCUUCUGGACCCUGCGCGUGCUCAUGUUCGUCCUCAGCUUUGUGCUGGAGGACUGGGCCGUCCACGAGCUCGUGCAGUCGCCGCGCCACCGCCGGGUCGCCAUCGUCCUGGUCGCGUCGUCCUACGUCACAUGGACUUACCAGACGCACACCUUUUCAAACUCGAUAGAAACCCUGAUCGUUGCGUGGAGCCUUUCGCAGAAAACACCUGCCCUGAUGGCGUCAAUGGUGCUCGGCGUGGUCGCUGUCUUUGGCGUCUUUAAUAGAAUAACCUUUCCCGCCUUCUUGUUAAUCCCUGGAUUUCGUUUGAUACCCCAUUUUUGGAAUAAGCCUUUGUCUCUAAUCGUUUUGGCUGCCUCGGCCCUCGUCACCAUCAUAAUUGCUAUUGGUCUCGAUACCUCGUUUUACACUCCACACUCCAUCACCUGGCUAGAUCUGGUGCGCAACCCGGUCAUCACACCCUGGAAUAACCUCCGGUACAACAUAUCCCCUGCCAACUUGGCUCAGCAUGGACUGCAUCCGUGGUACCAGCACAUACUGGUGAACAUACCCAUGUUGAUUGGCCCCGCGGCUGGUCUUCUGUUCUUCCAGCCGCACCUGUCACUGCGGCUCUACUCGGCCAUUUCUGGCAUCUUUGUGCUAUCCAUCUUCCAGCACCAGGAGGCGCGGUUCCUACUCCCUACCAUCCCCCUUGUAUUGUCGUCCGUGCAGCUGCCCAAGAACCCAACGGUGCUCAAAGCCUGGGUCGGGGCCUGGGUCACGUUCAACGUGCUCCUUUCCUUGCUGAUGGGGGUCUAUCACCAAGGGGGGAUCGUGCCGGGACAAGUCUUCCUGAGCAAACAGCCCGAUGCGACGCAGGCCAUCUGGUGGAAGACGUACAUGCCCCCGAUCUGGCUCUUGAACGGCAAGAACGAGGUGCUACGGACACAGGAUGUCAUGGAUAUGGAGGGCGCCGCGCUCUUGCAGGAGCUGGGGAGGCUGGCAACGUGCGACACGCCGGCCGACCGGAGGAACAACGAGUAUCUCAAAGAGAGCAACGGCACCUACCUUGUCGCGCCUCUGUCGGCGACCUGGCUCGAUCCGUACCUGGACAACAAAGGUCUAGAGGGCCUGCGCUUCCGCGAGGUCUGGCGGCACCGGCAGCACUUUAAUCUCGAUGACCUGGACUGGGCGGAGGAUGGGUUCUGGGCUACGCUGAAGCGGGUUAUAGGGAGGAGAGGCCUCGCGGCCUGGAGGGUUACGAAAAGUUGUAGAUAG